UAGCCCGACACUCAUCUCUGACCAACCGAAUCAUCCUCUCCUCUCUGAAGCCGCGCACACACAGCAGAUGGGCCACUCUCAUCACCUUUCAGCACUGGUAAGCAGUCCCGUCAAUAUGGAGGAGGGGUGAGUGAGAGGAGAGGAGGAGGGAGAUAUGAGAGUGGGGGAAGUUGGGGAGGGGUUGAAUGAGCAUUUCAAGUUUUUGCCAGUUGAGCUGGAAGCGUUUUAGAGCAUCAGUUGAGCGGGAGACGGAAGAAGAAGAGAGGAGACGGGAAAAUUAAAGGGAAUCUGCUCUCUCUUUUCAUCUUUUAGAUUGACAUGUGGCUUUCAUGUUUGCCAAGCCUCUUACCGACACAGGAGCCACUCCCUGCCUAUGAGCCAUCUCCGUUUUUGUUGUUCUCCUUUCUGAACGGACAGCAUUUGUGUUUUUUCAGCAACUAUGAAUCAAAAACCAGAGGCUGGAGAUACCAGGAAGACUAUGAAGAAAUUGGGCUGUUCCUCCCCUAAUCGGGCACCUAUUUCUGCCGUCACAACUACCGAGUACUGCUGGCUUACAAAUCCUUUCCAGAGGGGAUGAGUGAAACCUGGUACAGGUGUGUGGGACCUUCACACACAUGGAGUUGUUUGCAGUGAGUGGUAACAAGGGUGUUUCAGAUUCUGCAGCCUUCAAGACACCCAUGAAGUGAGCAUGAAUCCUCAGCCACAAGUCCAACUCCCUUUACUUAAAGAUAUUUUAAAAAGAUCACAGGUUGCUAGUUGUUGACACCUUAUUUGGUCCUUUUCUCCUCAUAGAGUGAGUCAGAAUGAAUAUCUGGCUUCUUCUUUUGCUCACACCCCUGAUAAGAUCACAGGUGACUCCAGAAUUCCCAACCGUGUCAUCCAGGGAGAUGGCCAAUAGCACAGAUUUUUUAACGAACGCUACAGGAAGCUCUGAAGCAUUCCCCACCGAGCUUCCUGAGUUUGGUGAGAUACCUUCAGAGACUCCCACAGAGGCUGAAGAUGACUGGUCACCAGCAGAGACCUUUCUGUACACUGGAGACCCCUCCACUAUGAAUAUGGCUCGUUGCUCACGAGCUUAUAGCACCAAGGGGCAGACGGGAUCUCUGCCAAGAAACUUCAAUGUCCCCCUCCAACCAGCUCUGGAUGCACUGGCUAAUACUGCCAACUUUCUCAACAUGGUGUUCCAGGCCAGUGACCUUCGGGAGAGUACAGUGGAUGAAGAUAUGGAGUGGUACCAUGCCCUUGUCCGCUCCCUUUUGGAGUCAGACUUGCUUAUUCAGCGGGCUCUGCUGACCUUUGAUGCUGACCCCACUGCCCCAGUGCCACAGCUGGUUCUUUGUGCAACCCGCAACCCAACAGGCAAACAACAGGCCAUCUUCCUACAGGACUUAUCCAAAGCCUGGGACAGCCUCCACCCCCCAGCUCCUGCCCCUGAUGAAAGCUGGUUUAGAAGACUGAAAUUUCCAGAGUCAGGCCAGCCAACAGCAGCCCUGUCCAAGCGGGUUCUCCUCAAUGACCUCAGCACCUUAGAUACACCAAAGUGGGGACAGGGUGACAGCUAUGUGACCAAUCGUACUGGGGUACACUAUGCCAAUGCUCCAUUUCUGGACUGUAAGGAUGGAUACUUUGAACCUGGGUGGGUGCUCACCCUGUCUACCUCCUUCUAUGGCCUCAAGCCAGACUUGACACCAGAGUUCAGAGGUGUUGUACGUGUGGAUGUCAACAUUCAGGACAUCGACCUGGAUCAGUGUGCAACAGGUGACAGCUGGUUUGCCGACACUCACCAGUGCAAUCGCACCAGCAUGGAGUGCGUGCCAGUUCCAGGCCGGGGCUUUCGACUUGGUCAGUACUGCUGCCGUUGUAAGGAGGGAUACUACAACCCGGAAAUCUCUCCUGAGAAUGCUGAUGGAGGCCCUAUGAAUGGCAGCGAAAGCAGUGUUACAUGUUACCCGAACAUGCCCAUCUGUCUACCAUGCUGGUCAGGCUGUAAGAGCUGUCGGGAUAGCACCCCCUGCUGGGUGCAAGAAGACAGGCUCCUCAGAGCUGGAGUGCUGGCCCUCCAGGCGCUCUUUAUGUUUCUGGUCUUCGUCAGCAUGUUGAUGUCCUAUCAACAUCGUCAAAACCGGAGGAUCCGGGCCUCCAGCCUCCUGCUGCUGGAAACCAUUCUGUUCGGCUCUCUGCUCCUCUACUUCCCGGUCUUCAUUCUGUACUUCAAGCCAAGCACCUUCAGAUGUAUUCUGCUGCGCUGGGUCCGAAUGCUUGGCUUCUCCAUUGUCUAUGGCACAAUUACACUGAAAAUGUACAGGGUGCUGAAGGUGUUCCUCUCACGGACAGCCCAGAGAAUGCCCUACAUAUCCAGCCUCCACCUGCUGAGGAUUCUGGGAGUGAUGCUGAUGACGGUCAGCUGGUUCCUGUGUGCGUGGACUGUGGGUGUGCUCCAGAACCGAGACAGGGACAUUCCGGUUUUUGUCACAGCCACCACGUCAGACGGUCAGGCCUUCAACCUGUGCUACCUGGACCGCUGGGACUACAUGAUGGCUGUGGCUGAGCUCCUGUUCCUGUGCUGGGGCAGCUCCCUGUGGACAGCUGUCAGGCCGGUCCCCUCAGCCUUUCAUGAACCUCGCUACAUGGGCAUUGCCAUCCACAACGAGCUCUUGCUCUCCUCCAUGUUCCACCUGUUUCGGUUCACCUUUCAGUCUCUCCAUCCUGACUGGAUGUUACUGCUGUCCUUUAUGCACACCCAUGUCACCAUCACAGUUACACUUACGCUGCUCCUCGUGCCAAAGUUUUUCUAUGAGUCUAAACCUAGAAAAGAGGAGAUAGCCGCAGAGGUGUACGAAGACGAAAUGGAUAUGCGACGUUCUGCCUCAUACCUCAACAACAGCUUUUGUUCAGCUUGGAGCGAGCACAGUAUGGACCCAGAUGAUUUUCAGGAUGAACUUAAGAAGUUAUAUGCCCAGUUAGAGGUCUACAAGGUGAAGAAGAUGACGGCAAACAACCCCCAUCUGUCAAAGAAGCGCAGUUCUCGGUGUACGCUGGGAAGGUCGCUUAUUAAACGCAUUACUGAGUUGCCAGAAACCGUGAGUCGGCAGUGCAGCCGUGAAGAGAGAGAUGGAUCCUUCCGCAUUAGACGUGGGAGUCACUCUGAUUCGUUUAGGAUUGCACCAGAUACUGUAAGUAUCAGUUACAGAAGUUCAAUAAAAUCCCAUUCAUCAUUCUUAUUGAAGUCCCAAAACGAUCAUCAUUAUGUGAGGGAAAGGGGCUCCUCGUUCCGUGAGUCAACGUUAAGGGCCAAUUCUGUAAAGAGAUCCUCCCAGCGAUCUGAGACCGACUCUCUGGAUAUUCCACCUGGGGUGUGCAAGUCAGCCAGUGCUCAGAAUUUGACAAUUGAUACCAAUCUCCUGCAUCCUGAUCACACCAGGCUUCAUAAAUCCUGGAGUCUAAGCUCCUCUACUACCCAUUCAAUUGAGAACAUGUCGAAGAUAUCCGGUGGAAGUGUCAUGCAGUCAAAGCAAAGCCUCUCCAUUAGUGAUCAGACCCGGAGUGCCCUCCAGUCAGAAUCCUUUGACAAGGCUGAGGUCUGUCCCUGGGAGGUGGAGCCAGAACAAUCGGGGGAAAAAAACAAAAAGCAUGUUACAUAUGCAAGCUCAGAGGGUUGUGAGGAAAAAGAGUUACCCUCCCCACAAGCACUUGUUUGUCCCUGGGACCAUUUACCAGCUGUUGAAAAGGCUCCUUCAGUGGACAAAGAGGCUCAAGCUGACAGCGUGUCCCCUAAAGCCCCAGUAACCGUCUCUUCAAGCGCACCAGGUACACCAAGGCCCAAGGUGACAAAGGAUCAACGAGUCUUCUCCUUCCGCACAACCACUAAUAAGUGGCUCUCUGUCAAGUCUUUUGUGUCAUCUGUUGACAGUAAAGAGUUCAGUAAAGACAUACAUUUAAAUAGACAGGAUUCUCAAAAUAGCUUGGAGAGUACCUCUACAACUCCAGUGUCUGGAAGAUCUAGUAGACGUCCGAGCAUGGACAAAAAGUCACUGCAGAAAUUCAGUAUGUCGACAACAGAGGGCAAGCCCUGCCUUGUGAAGCAAAAUGCUGUCAGGCUGUCUUCUACAGAUUCCUCUGAUAGAAGCCCACGAAGGAUUGUGAUUGUAAAAUCUGCCAUCUCUCCUGCUGAUGCUGAUGACGCACAAAAAGAAGGCGGCCAUGAACAUGCAUUUCUGUCGAGGCAGAGCAGCAAACGUAGUAGCAUAAGUUCUUGGGAUACCAUUAGCAGCUCAAGAACUCCUUCUACUCGUCGAAGAGGUAGCAAUCGAAUCAGACCGGCCUGUAAUGCGUCUUACACAGAGGUGUGUCCUUGGGAUGGAACUAGUUCUGCACAAGUAGAAGGACCAAAGAAGCAACAGAGCAUCAAAGCAAGCAUCUGCUCACAGGAAUCCCAGGUGUUCGAGCGGUCUAAUGUUUGUCCAUGGGAAUCACAUGACCAAGGGAAUUUGAGAAGACAAGAGAGCACUAGGGUUGAAGCAUGUCCUUGGGAAUUGCAGGAUAUUUCAGUGACUUCACAAACUGCAACAUCCAAAGAGCCACAGGCCCAAUCUUUGAAGGCAGAUGUUUGUCCCUGGGAAACUGUAGAAACUCCCCAGAUUUCAAUAAGACAAGACAGUGAACAUGGAAAUGUUUGUCCCUGGGAUGCUCAGGAUAAGGAGGAAGGUGUACGCGAAAAUGUAAAUCCUUCAGGAUUUCCAAACAAAGGAACACUGAUGGUACCUCUUCGGCAAGAAGUCAUGAAACCUGCAAACUAUCCUGCUUCAUCCACAGAAGUUGUAAAGGUUACCCAAGCACACAAGACAACAUCCUCUGCUCUGAAUCCAAGUAUACAAGUAUCCAAAGCAGCUGAAAGCUGUCCAUGGGAUUUCCCCGAUCCACCUAAACCCAUGGAAGAUAUUUGCCCAUGGGAAGGGGCGGGCAAACAGCCUGCUAACACAGACUCUACUUUACUAAAGACAGUGAACACAGAUGUUUGUCCGUGGGAAACUGGACAUCAAGACAAACCAGAUACAUCUGAAACAACUGCUUCCGUCAUAACUGAAGUGACAGAAAGCAUCCGAGUAAAUGUUUGUCCAUGGGAGACAGAGUCUUCCAAAAUGGUGUCUGCAGAACUGCAAAGCCCAUCAAAAGGGUUAAAAAAACAGGACGGCAGUAGGGCAGGAGUGUGUCCAUGGGACACUGAAGAUCCAAAAACUCUCAAAACGAAGGACAGUGCUUUGGCAGAUGUUUGUCCAUGGGAGACAGAAGACCCUAAAGUUACAAAAAGACAAGACAGCAUUAAAGAAAAUGUUUGUCCAUGGGAGAGUGAAGAACCCAAUGUUUUAAAAAAGCAAGACAGCAUUCGAGAAAAUGUUUGUCCAUGGGAGAGUGAAGAACCCAAUGUUUUAAAAAAGCAAGACAGCAUUCGAGAAAAUGUUUGUCCAUGGGAGAGUGAAGAACCCAAUGUUUUAAAAAAGCAAGACAGCAUUAAAGAAAAUGUUUGUCCAUGGGAGAGUGAAGAACCCAAUGUUUUAAAAAAGCAAGACAGCAUUAAAGAAAAUGUUUGUCCAUGGGAGAGUGAAGAACCCAAUGUUUUAAAAAAGCAAGACAGCGCACAUGCAGAUGUUUGUCCUUGGGAAAUCGAAGACCCAAAACCUUUAAAGAAGCAAGACAGGUCACACUCAGCUGUUUGUCCAUGGGAGACAGAAGACACUAAGGACAACGAUGUCGGCCAUCCUGACAGCAAAGAAUAUGGAGAUGAUGGAAAAGCAGACACGAAUGUAGCAGAAAACACUUUAUCUACCAACGGUGAGCCAGACGUCACAGACAACCAGAGGACUCUUGAGGAUGAAUCUCCUGAAGACAUGGGCACAGAGCAGACGGAUGAGUCUAAAGCCAACUUGGCUUUGGGUCGGCGUGAUGCUUUGUGUCCAUGGGAGAUCACCAGGAGCCCAUCGGGUUCAUUUACGGAGAACACUACUGACGUCUUUACAUGGGAGCCUGAGAACAUCCCAGAGGAGGAUGAGGAAGAUGAUGCAGAGUGUGCAGCUGAGGCUCUGGUGUUCCCACCUGACUUGUGAUUGAAACGUAGACAGCGUAAAGGUGGUAAAUCAAAAGAAAUGAACACUACAACCUUUCUCCUGUUGACUGAGUUAGGGCUAACCCCAACAGUGAACUAUAGGUUGCUUUGGACUCUGACCUCUCAUGGAUAUCAGAUUGAAUUGAGACGUUUACAAACUAGUUUAAAUUUCUAUUUAUACAUGUAUUACAUCCCAUGUUGAUCCAGCAGGUAAACACACACUGAAUGGCAAUGAGAACUCCUCUAACUUCCUGCUUUUAUAUGAAAAUGUAUUUUGUGUUUCUUAAUGAGAAAUGUUGUUUGUAUUCCAUUCCUAUGGCAGUAUGAUCUUAAACCUGCAGAUAUGACUAACCUAAAUGCAAUAUGAGGCAUUAAGAUGAUCAAUUUUUACUUCUUACCACUUACUGCUUUGCAAUAAUGCAUUAAGAGGACAAGAUAAUCUUUAAAUCAAAACUCUAAGCACGCUUUUUCCAUAUAUCCAUUAGACUCUCAAUCACCCUGUAAGCAGACUUAAUUAGUGUUCAAUAACAAGCUCAUUGCUGAAUCCUUUCUCAUCAUCAGGCGUUGAUUUAAAAAUGAUUAUAAAAACUGUCAACAUUAGAAACACACUGUAAAUGAAACAUUUCUAUUUGUGGUUUCUAGAAUACUAAGAUGACUCUGUUACCACUGGAUGCUCUAAAUCUGGUCAAAACCCUUUCUUUACUGUCGAAGUGAGAUUUUGUUACCAUGUCCAAUAAGAACGCAAAUUUAUGAAAGUAAAAUCAAGCAUUGUUUACUUUUUCCCUUUAAUUUAUACAAAGGCAGUAUAUCGGUGUAAUUUUUUUAAAUAUUUUUAUUUGGUAUUGUUUGUGUUUGUUUUUGGUAAUACUAAUAAUGUCCCCAACAAGAGCAAUGACGUUGAAGGGUAUGAAACCCCAAACAAACUGUUUUAUUCAGAGAAUUCACAGAGAGCCAUUGUGUUUUUGUCAGUAAUUUU